GCUAUCAGUUCCUCCUUAAGAUGCCACAAUACAGAAAGAAGCAAAGACACAGAAGGAUCACAAAAAGCUUCUGAAACUACUGAAAGAGAAUACAUCUAUCCAGAAUGGUCAGAAUGAGGUGCUUUUGUGUGGUCAUCUGGAUUCUUCUCUCUGAAGUGACUGUUGAGGCGUCAGAUAUCAGAGUGUCAGGACAGGUUGGAGGAUCAGUGGAGAUCGAGUGUCCUCACCUGUUUGCUGACACCAACACAAAGUAUUUCUGCAGAGAUCCAUGUAAAGAUCAGCACAAUUUGAUUAAAUCUGGUCAGUCACCUACUGGAAGAUACAGACUGGAGGAUUCAGGGAAUGGAGUCUUCACUGUGGUCCUCACUGACCUCCAGAAAUCAGACAAUGGAACUUACUGGUGUGGAGUGGACAGAUAUCUGAAGGACACAUAUCACAAGGUGCUACUCACAGUUACAGAUGCUCCCUCCCCCCACACAUACCCACCCAAAGCUACUCCAACAGCUGCUGCUGUAAGAACAGUGAGAUCUAAGUUCUUCACCUCCUCUUCAUUCACUGUCCCUCCCUCCACCACCUCACCAUCCACCACCUCCUCCUCCACACCUAAACCAGCAUUUCCAGCUCAGCACAAUGUCUCAUCACCUACCAGAGAGAAUGACCUCCCUACAGAAGCAGUGGACACAGUGAUUGCCAGCAUGAGGCAUCCCAUCCACUCUGGCCAGGGAAAACUGGAUAUCGAGGCUUUUGUUCUGGAGAAUACCAAAGACACCAUCUGA